UGGGUUUUGCGAGGUCCGUACUGUUAGUAGCGUAUGUAAUAUGCAUGCAUAAGAACCAAAUAAGUGUUUGAGUUUGUUACUGGUAAAAUCACGCAGUGUACAAACGUUAUUUUCGCUGUGUGUUAAGUGUGUUUAAUAUCUGAUAGUUAACAUUAACUUUACAAUGACUGAAAGAGCAAAAAAAAUAAUGUGUUUAGCCCUAGAAGCCGGAAAUAUUGCAGAUGUAGUACAAAUGAGAGGUAAUGAGAACAACGCUUCCAUUAGACAUGAAGCAAAAUUAGAACAAGAACUUUUUAGUCAAGAUGAUAACUCCAAUGCUUCGUCUGAACUGAAUGAAAAUCAAAUCAAAAUUGCCAAUGACAUGGAAAAAAUUAUGGGCAACAAAUUUGAUCUAGAAGAUUUGGAUAUUCAGGACAGCAGUAAUAUGUGGAAAGACACAACUGAGCCAGAGAGCGACUUGGAGAAACAUAGUGAUUUAUUCGGAAGUGAUUACUCUGAUGAGGAUCCCACUUAUGUUCCUCCGACAAUGAAAAAUCCUACUGCUGAAAUUGACAAUGAAGUUAACAUUGAACUUCCCCUCGAUUUUGAUGAUCCUGAAGAUAACGAUCACGAAAACGUGAAUCUUGUGAAUAUUGAGAAUCUUUCAGACACUGAUGGUGUCAAUACUAAUUUUGACAAUGCAGUAGAAACAGUAAUGAUAUUGCUUGACGAAGUGUUAGAUGCAGUAUGGCAUAGGGUACGGAAAAAGAACAGAUGGAGUAAAUCGACUCCUACUGAAUGGAAGAAAAAUAUUGUUAAAAAACGUCGUUCAACAGGUUUGACUUAUGUGACUAAUAAAAGACUUCGACGUGAAAAAAUGCCCCAAAUUGUUGACUGCGGAAACUGUAAAUUCAAAUGUAGUGAACAAUUUUCAAUUGCUGAACGAAGCAAUCUUUGCAGAGUAUAUUGGAGUAUGGAUUUCAAAUCUAAAAAAAUUUUUAUUUUAUCUAACAUCACGAUAGAGCCAGUAAAAACUCGACGUGUGGUAAAAUCUUCCCAGAAAAGAGAUAGAUCAUUCACUAAGAAAUGCUUUUUUAAGAAAAAUAAUGAACGAAUUCAAGUCUGCCAAAAGUUUUUUACGAAAACCCUUUGCAUUUGCCCCGAUGUUGUAGCAGAUGCUAUAGACAAGGUUGAUUCGGUUGGAUGUUAUGGAUCUGAAGAUCUACGUGGCAAGCAUGAACCAGCCAACAAAGUCAAACAAGAAGUUUUAAUACAUGUUAAAAAGCAUAUUGAAUCGUUCCCCGUAAUGGAAUCACAUUAUACCCGAAAGGACACUUCCAGACAAUACCUUGAUCCUAAUCUGAAUAUAAGAAAAAUGUACCUAUUGUAUAUUGAGCAGUGUAAAGAAAACCAGUUAAUUCCGGUUUCUGAAAUGAAAUAUCGCUCUGUAUUUGGCCAAGAAUAUAAUUUUAGCUUUUUUAAGCCAAAAAAAGACCAGUGUCUAAUUUGCACCACCUAUGCUAAAGCAGACUCUGAAAAGAAAGAGGAAAUGGAAACCCAGUAUCAAGACCAUAUUAGACGAAACAGAAUGAGCCAGAAGUCAAAACAAGAAGACAAGGAUAAGGCAAACAGAGAUCCAACUUUUAAUUCAGUGUCAUUUGAUCUUCAGGCCGUUCUGCAAAUUCCUAGCGGACAAGCACUUGCCACAGAAGUUACCAUCAAUAAGACAAAAGGUAAUAAUAACGAAGCAGUGAAGUGGAUGAAAAUUAAAAGAAUUAAGUACGUAAAAGGAGAAACAGCCAAAAUUUUUUUUAAUUACGAUCUAUCGGAAGAUUUUAAAUUCAUGAAAACCUCUGAUAUUGUAAACAAUAAUAAUUCACCUGCACCGGUUACAAGGUUGAAGAAGAAAAAGAUGACAAAUGCUGGAAAUCUAAAAGAUGAAUCUCCAAUAGACAGACCGAUUCCAAUUUCUCUGGAAAAAUUGUACAAGAGUCCCCUACCGAUCAGCGUAUUAAAAAAAAAAGAUUUGCUCAAAUUAUGUAAAAAAGGCAUCAUUCCAGAAGAACUUCAUGCCUGGAUUAACAGCCUCUCCACAGCUUCCAGCGUGAUUGAUCGCAUACCCGACGUCGCUAUUGAUGAGUCUGAAGAGGAAGAAGUUUAG